AUGCGAUCGAGUGUAACAUCAUUAAAUGUUUGCCCUUCGAAGACAUCGGCGUCAGAUGCGGAACAAAUAUCAAAGCUAAGAGCAUCACAAUCACCAAUUGCAAUCUCUGUACACCGCUGCCCCACCUGGUCUUCGCUGGAACCUCUGCGCUUCAAGCAGUACUGGGACAAUGAAUCCAAUGGCAUCCUACUCAACACGGGUCAAACUGCGUAUUUUACCUUCGACACUCCAUCACGACCGCGCCUCAGCGGAGGACCUCUGAUAGGGGAGUACAUAUUCGAGCAGAUGCACUUCCACUGGUCAGUAGAUGACUUCACUGGCUGCGAGCACGUGCUUGAUGGUCAUGGAUACGCUGCAGAAUGCCACCUCGUCCAUUACAACAGUAAAUACCAGUCUUUAGAGGCCGCAGUGGCGCAUGCAGAUGGUUUGGCCGUCGUGGGGUAUCUUUUUGAAGCCACAGACGCGCCGAACCCGAGCUUUGACAAGUUCGUCGAAGGAUUGGAGCAGAUUAGGAAGCCUGAAAACAGCGUGGUUGUAUCAUCAGAAUCCCUAGUAUGGAUGGACAGACAAGAUGUAGCUACGGGCAGUUAUGUGACUUACAAGGGCUCCCUCACCACGCCGCCCUACACAGAGUGCGUCACAUGGAUCAUAUACGAGAAACCCGUCCAAAUUGGUAGCGAGCAGCUGGGGCUUUUGAGGCAAUUGGAGGGCACAAACAGUAUCCCCAUUGAGAGGAAUGUGAGGCCCACCCAGAGGCACCCCCCAGGUCAUUCGGUGAUCUACGUUAAGCAAGUGAAGGCGAAACUAUGACACCCCCAC